AUUGAUGUUUCGCCACGUAUAAUGUAGUGUAGUAGGAUUGUGCAUAACACACAUAGUAGAAUGAGGCCUUGCGAAGGGGGCAAGUCAAUGUAGCUGGCAACUGUAAACAGACGACACCCGAGACAGGAUGGACGAUUCAGAGGUGCAGGACGACCAACAAGACGAGGACUGGUACCAAAACGAUCUACAGCUGGCAGCAGAAUUAGGGAAGGCCCUACUGGAGAGAAAUCGUGAAUUAGAAGCUCAAGUCAUCCAACUCCAACAGAUCAACAAUGAACAAAACAUGGAAAUUGAGUAUAUCACACGCCAGCUGGAAACGGUCAGAGAUAGCAGUGAGUCACGUAUGCGGAUUUAUGAGGAACUGGACAGAACGUCACAGGAACUAGAAAAGACGAACCAGAGGCUACUUAUAGACGGCAAGACCGACAAACAGAGGAUAGAGAAAUUGAUGAAAACCGUUCUGCAGUUAGAGGAAAAAUGUGACGAUUUAGAAAAAAAGGUCGAUGACAUGAAAGCAGAAGAAAAACGUUUAAAACAGAAACAACAGAAGCAGGACAAUCGACGGGCCGUAAGUUUGGCAAGUCUCCGCGAAAAAGAACGAAAUCCGUAUCUAAAGGAUAUCCUCAAUGAGGAUUGCCACUGGACAUACAACAAUCAGUUCAAGAAACUACCUCUUAAUCCUUACGAACAGGAAAUCAAAAAUCUCCAGGAAGCUGUCAAACAGCUCAAAGCACAGGCACUAAUAGACAAAAGGAAAAAGGAAGACCUGGAAACGGAAGUAUCGUUGCUGUGGGAAGAAAAUUCAGGUUUGGAAAAGAAAGUGAGGUCUUUAGAAGAAGACGUGAAAGAAAACAGCUAUCUGAAGUUUGAAAUACAGCGGCAAAAGCUGAAUCUCGGUAAAUACUGCAAAAAAUGUUCUAAUGACCUAGUAGAGUUGAAAAGUGCUAUUGAAAAGGAAAUAGAACCAGAUGAACCGCAGAUCGGCGCAGGAAAACUGGUUCGAUUGGAAAGCGGCGGAAGUGUGUACGGGAGUACAGAGUCAUUGAACAAAAUUGUCCCCGAUAUUCAGGAAGUUUCUCCGGUAGAGGACCAUGAAGCUAGUAGCGUCUCUAUUCUAGACGAACUGGAAACACAGUACAAAAACUUGUUUAAGAAAUACGAAGACCUUGUACAAAAUAAAAGCAGACGACCUGGUAGUUUCCACGAGAGCGAGACUUUUGACGAAGCUCUUCACAAACAAUUAGCGGUGUCCCACAAGGAGGUCCAGACUCUUCUGAAGAUGCAGAAGACGACGACCACGUGUGACACUGCGUCGUCUUCUGAAGAAGAAACUAAUCUUCCUCACUAUAAAUCUCUUUUCCGGGAUAUCUUUGCUACGCUAAAGCAAACGAGAAUUGACGAGUCCUCGGAACAACCCGCAACAAGUCCGCAUUCCGCUGAGCCUAAACCGCUCGCAUGAUUUUUUUUUACCGCUUUUUUGUUAGAUAAUCUAGUCACAUUCGUCAAUCAGUAUUUUAGGUGGAUCAAAACAUGUUUUAUAUUCGUUAGAUUAUAGUAUAAAUUGUACAAAUACUAAAACAAAACAAGAAAAAAAUACCAAUACAAAUACCUUUGUUUUUACGUAAACAUAAAUCAUUUAGAAACAAAAGUUCUACCAUUGGGUAAUCGGUAGAUUAAAACAAAUACAAGCAUGCAAUGUUAAUGGAUGUGUAAAUACACAUACAAUAGGAUUUACAAACGUUUAUAAAUGCUUUGAAUGAAGGAUGAAUUUAAGAUAAUUUUUCUGUAAACAAAUUUCGGAUAAAAGUACACUUGUAAGUUGUGAUAAUGUGUACAUUAGAAUACAAUUUCUGGACUUGUAUUGGUAGUCUUCUAAACCAUUUCCUACCCCGUGUAGAAGUUACUGUUUAUAUGUAAAUAUAGCAACUUUAGGAUUUUCUAACUGCCAUAUUACAUCUAGAACAUAUUCAAUUUAUAUACACACGUUCAGCAUUAAUUUAAUUGUGUGUUUGUUAUAGGAUGUGUGUGUGUUUUGUAUAUACUAAUUUAACAAAACAUACUGUUAUUUGUAUAUUUCUUUUUUGUUAUUUUUUACUGCCUUUUUGUUGAGAUACAUACUCUACAAAUGAUAUUGUAGUGUACCUUUAGUAUUCAUAUUGUUGAGAAUUAAAGGUAUUAUAUCUUGUCUGUUGCAAUCAAUUGCAUGUUGUUUUGUACCUAUAUACAAUAAAGCUGAUGUUGGUACCGAGA